AUCCGAUCCAUCAUCCGCUUCAUCCGUCACCCGCUUCUCAUCCAUUUAAUUCGGGUUUUCGUCCAUUUAUUUUAAGCAGAUGGAGCGGAUUAGCGGAUAUCCACCUAAUAUUGCCAUCUCUAAUCACAACUCACAAAUACAACUACUGGCGAAGACGUUACGCUAGUGUUAUUUUUGUUUCCUUAAAAACGGAAUGAAUGAAAAUCACAAAAUUACACUCACCUACAUAAUUGACAAGUGUCCUUUAAUUUUGCACUAUCAAACCAUUCAAAGUAAACGGUGCUUACAAAUCCUCAAAUAAUGGUGAAAAUGUUACUGAAACUGCUUCUGACGGCUGUUCUUGUAAUCUCGACCCACACCAAAUGGGCGAACUCUGACUUGCAAUCGCUGAGUCGGGAGCUCUUGGAAGCGGCGAGACAACCGGAAUUGGUCCAAUGGAUGAACCGGAUUCGGAGGACGAUUCAUCAGAACCCAGAAUUGGGAUUCGAAGAGUAUGAAACGAGUCGAAUCAUUCGCUCCGAGCUUGACUCGCUGGGAAUUCAGUAUGCAUGGCCUGUUGCCAACACUGGGGUCAUCGCUUCAAUCGGGUCGGGUCAAAAGCCCGUUUUUGCUCUCAGGGCUGAUAUGGAUGCUCUUGCUUUGCAGGAACUGGUUAAUUGGGAGUUUAAAAGCAAAAAAGAUGGGAAGAUGCAUGCUUGCGGUCAUGAUACUCAUGUGGCAAUGCUACUUGGGGCAGCCAAGUUACUCCAGGGCAGGAAAGAUCAGCUAAAGGGCACAGUCAAGUUGGUUUUUCAACCCGGUGAAGAAGGUUAUGCUGGUGCACACCAUAUGAUCAAAGAGGGUGCUGUAGAUGAUGUCGAUGCCAUAAUCAGCCUACAUGUCCUGCCAACAAUGCCCACUGGUAGUAUUGGUUCCAAGGCAGGCCCAGUUCUUGCUGGUACCGGGCUGUUUACAGCAACAAUUAGAGGAGAAGGUGCACAUGGAGCACAGCCCCAUCUGAGUAGAGACCCCAUCGUUGCAGCUUCAUCAGCUAUUGUAGCACUCCAGCAUAUCAUUUCUAGAGAAACAGAUCCUAUUGAGUCAGGGGUGGUGACUGUUGGGUACUUAAAAGGAGGCCAGGCAAGAAAUGUGAUCCCUGAGCAGGUAGAAUUCGGAGGAACAUUUAGAAGCUUGACUUCUGAAGGUCUCACCUACUUAAGAGACAGGAUUAAGGAGAUUGUGGAGAUGCAAUCUUCAGUGCAUCAGUGCCAUGGUGAGGUAGACUUCUUUGAAGACAUGCCUAUGCCGUGUCCUGUGAUGAUUAACGAUCAGGCCCUCCAUGACCAUGGGACACAGGUUGUGGAGGCGCUGAUUGGCAGGUCCAAGUUGGAAGUCUUUCACUUGACCAUGGGAUCAGAGGACUUCAGUUUCUUUUCUUCAAAAAUGCCAGCUGCUAUAUUUGUUCUCGGAAUAAAGAAUGAGACCCUGAAAUCGGAUAAGCCAUUGCACUCCCCAUACUUCUUCGUUGACGAGGAAGUUCCAGUUGGGGCUGCUUUCCAUGCUGCACUUGCUAUUUCUUACUUAGAGAAGCUUGAAGGUUCUAUCGAGAGUGUGUAAGAGCAAGCACGAUGAGAUCAUGUAGACUGUAGUUGUGAAAUGUCCUUGAUGUGUGCAUGUUGGCUCUCAGAGAAUGUCCUUGCAAGUGUUUGAUGUUGUACAGCAAAUCUGAUACUUGUAUAGUUGUAUGAAUAACAAACAAAUGUGAAAUGUGUACUGAUUAACUGCACAAUUAACUCGGGUAAUAUAAAUUAAAUCUACUGCAUAUAGUUCAAUAAAACUAAA